ACCUUCUGGCAACUCGCCCGAUUCCGUAUUCGCACUGCCCUCACAAAAGCACAAAGUAAGGGAGAAACGGAUGUGGUAGUACUACGUCGGUUCGUCAAGGAUGCUGCUGUGCAGAUGAUGGAAUUAGAAGCUUGUGGUGUUAAGGUUGAUUUACAAUACUGUGCAGCUGCCAGACUCGCUGAAAAGUAUGUCCAUUCUAUAUCGUAUUAUUUUUAUCCUGAUUCUUCAUCUAGUUGGGAAGACGUGCCAAUCCUUCCCUCUGAUUCCCCAUUAUUCUCUCUUCCCCUGGCGAGUCUUGUCACGCUCAACGCUUACAGAGAUGUAAUCACCAUCAAGAGGACGGUCCCAUCGCUCGAUACUUUUAGGACUGCUCAUCGUGCCCUCAAACUAUUUCUCAUUCGUCGUGGUAUUUGGGGUGCUCGAUUUGGGUAUCUUGGUGGCUUCCACCUUACCCUCCUUCUUACCCGAGUUGCACUCUUACUUCCUCCUUCGGCAACUCCGAGCCACCUCAUUGAGUCUUUCAUCAAGACCUAUGCGCAAUGGGACUGGGCCAGAGACAUGGUGUAUCCUAUUCCUUCUCGUGAGAAGGAGCAAAGUUCAAGUGCGGUCUACAAGCGUAUUCUCGCCAAGGAACCGAUGGUCGUCCUUUCAAUCGAACGGCCGCUGUCUAACCUGACCUACCACGCUAGCCAAAACUCUGUGGACAGUUUAGCCUGGAGCUUGAAAGAGGCACACACCAUGCUCGCAAAAGGCAAAACUUUAUCUGAGGUUUGCUAUGUCCCAACGGAGGGGGGAGCGGUCUCGCCAAAUACAGAUCCUCUCAAGGAGCUUGCUAACAAUUAUAAGGCCUUUGUGCGAUUGGAUGUUCACUUCUGGGGAGGCAAUUGCAUGAAAGGGC